ACCAUGAGAUCGUUCCUGGUCCUCGCUUUCGUCGCUGUCUGCCAUGGAGCCAAACUGGACAGGAACUACCUGCCUCCAUCCUUCGCCCAAACGUCUGGUGGCUCAGAAUUUCUAGAAACGCCCAAAUCUGGUGAAAACCAGUAUCAGCCGAGCCAAAACUUUGGCUACCAGGCCAACUACGUUGAGAGCCAAAGGCCUGAGAGACCACAAGCUGCCUUCGAGAGGAACGCCGGUAUUCUUCGUCUGGACAAUGAGAACGACGGUGACAGGUACUCGUACGCGUACGAGACUGAGAACGGCAUCGUGGCUGAGGAGAGCGGUAUUGCCACAGACGGUGUGAGGGCCCAGGGUGGGUUCUCCUACGUCGGUGAUGAUGGCAAGCAGUACAGCAUCAGCUACACAGCUGACGAGAACGGGUUCCAGCCGCAGGGGGAGCACCUCCCCACCCCCCCGCCCAUCCCCGAGGAGAUCCUCAGGGCGCUGGAGCAGAACGCGCGGGACGAGGCCGCCGGCAUCUAUGAUGAUGGUUCCUACAACGAAAACCUACACGGAGGUAACAAUGGUUACGCACCAAAUGGUUACGACAACCAGAGGAACAACCAACCAAUAAGAUCGUACCUACCACCGAAUAGAAAAUGAAACCGCUAGCUGAAAUUGUAAAAUAUAAUUGUAGAAAAAUGUUAAAAUAAAUUAUUGUUAUUCAAGUUA